GCUACAGGAAAAUGUAGACUGAAAACAAGCUGGUUGUCAGCGUUAUGUGACAGACGGAGGACAGCUUAGGUUUUGCGGACUACCUCAGGCUUUGUUUUUCUUUGUGAUGGAAAACGAGAGUGAUGUGUUUUAUCGGGAGCUGCCAAAAGUGGAGCUCCACGCUCACCUCAACGGCUCUGUCAGCUUCCAAACCAUCGAGAAACUCAUCAGCCGAAAACCACAUCUCAACAUUGAACACAACAUGACGGCUAUCGGCAAAGGUCAGCGGAGGACACUGGAUGAGUGUUUUGAGGUCUUCAAGGUCAUCCAUCAGCUGGUGGACACGGAGGAGGAUAUCCUGAUGGUGGCUACAGACGUUAUCAGGGAGUUUGCGAAUGAUGGUGUCAAAUAUUUAGAGCUGAGAAGUACCCCAAGAGAGGAGAAACACACAGGAUUGACAAAAAAGAGUUAUAUUGAGACAGUCAUCAAAGCUAUCCAACAAUGUAAAACCGACGGCGUGGACAUCGAUGUCAGGUUUCUGGUGGCGAUUGACCGCAGGAAUGGGACUGAAGUUGCCAUGGAGACAGUGAAGCUGGCUGAGGAGUUCAUGCUGUCUUCUGAUGGUUUGGUGGUGGGGCUUGACCUCAGUGGAGAUCCAACGGUUGGCCAUGGCAAAGACCUACUUCCUGCUCUACAGAGGGCCAAGAACUGUGGACUGAAGUUGUCGCUGCACCUCUCAGAAGUACCAUCACAGCUGGAAGAGUCAGACUUGCUGUUGAAUCUUCCUCCAGACAGGAUUGGUCACGGCACCUUCUUGCAUCCUGAAGUGGGCGGCUCUCAAAGUCUUGUUGACAAAGUAGUAAAGAACAACAUACCACUGGAGCUAUGUCUGACAUCAAAUGUCAAAGGACAAACUGUACCGUGUUACUCCAAACAUCAUUUCAAAUACUGGUACGAGUUGGGACAUCCAAGUGUGAUUUGUACUGAUGAUAAAGGAGUCUUCUGUACAGACUUGUCUCAGGAAUAUCAGCUGGCAGCAUCCACGUUUGGACUCAGUCGUGAGGCUGUAUGGAAGCUCUCCCUGCAGGCCAUAGACUGUAUCUUUGCACCAGACACAGUGAAACAGCAGCUGAAACAGAAGUGGACUGAUAUACAGCCUCAGGUGUUCAAGUGACCCAUUCAGUGUAACCUAAAACCAAUCAUAUACCUCACUUUAAAAAAAAACAAACAAAAAAAAAAACAACCUUUCCAUUAACUUUUUACAAGUCUUGUAGAAGUCAUGACAUCAGCUAAAAGGGAACUCUAAAACAUUGUGAAAAUGUUUUAAAUACUUGAAAGUAAAUUUUACCUAUUUAGUACAA